AUGGAGGCCUUGAGUAGGAUGUUGUCGGCUGUGGUUAACCAUGGUUUGAUGGCUAGUUUUUCAGUGGGUGAUCCACAGAGGGGCCCUAUCUCGGUUUCCCACCUACUAUUUGUAGAUGACACACUAAUUUUCUGUGAUGCAGAACAAGAUCAUCUUAGGGCUCUGAAGGCGCUGCUCCGAUGUUUUGAAGCAACGUCAGGCUUGAGAGUGAACUUUGAUAAAUCAAAGUUAGUGCCGGUUGGGACCUUCAGUACUACUCAGCAAUUGGUUAGCACACUUGGGUGUAAGGUCACUUCUCUCCUUAUGACUUAUUUGGGACUAUCGUUAGGGGCUGCAUCACAAGCUUUAUCUAUUUGGGGUACAAUUAUUGGGAAAAUAGUGAAAAUUGACAGUGUGGAAGAGAUUGUAUUUGUCGAAAGGAGGCCGGCUAGCAUGGCGGUGCGGAUUGAAAAACUUUAUCGUGACUUCUUAUGGAGUGGGAUGAGAGAUGAAUUCAAGUUUCACCUAGUUAGUUGGGAUCAGGUGUACAGACCAAUCCUUUCAGGUGGGUUGGAGAUAAAGAACUUGAGAACCUUUAAUCAGGCACUGCUUGGGAAAUGA